AUGCAAAUGAGCUCCGAGCGCACCUGUCUUUGUGAAAACCCCUUCAUUGACGCUCCACUUUCAACUCCUCCAUAUUUCAUGUACUACGAACCAUACAUGAACAUGUUUUUGGACCAGUCAUCAUCAUCUUCCACUUUCACUUCCCUCAAAUCAAAGGAGGUUUUUGUACGAGCGUCUCACAACCUUGCAUCACUGUGGUGGAGUUUCGGCGAAGGGACCAAACUGGUCAUCGGCUCUUUAAAGUGUGACAUAUUAACUCUCUCCUCCCCCUCCCCCCUCCUAGUGAGUGAGGUGCGGCCCCCCACGCUGACCAUCUUCCCCCCCUCCAAAGAGCAGCUGCAGACUGGCAGUGCCACGGCGGUGUGCGUGGCCAGCGGAGGCUCGCCUCAGGCCUGGACCCUGGGCUGGAAGGUGGGGGGCAGCAGCAGCACCUCGGGGGUGUCACACAGCUCGGACGAGGCCACCGGCGACGGCCGCUACAGCUGGACCAGCACCCUGAGCCUCCCCUCCGACGACUGGAGAACGGCCGGCUCGGUGAGCUGCGAGGCCACCAUGCAGGGUCAGAACCCCGUGACCCAAACCCUGAUGGACCCGGGCCGUUGCUCAGAGUAGAAGCUGAAACACCCGUUCUUGUUUUUAUUGCUUCCUGUUUCUUACUGCUUGAUGCCGGAGAACUUGGCGCAGAACCUCAACAUUUAAGCAUUGUUCAAUAAAAUGUCCACGGUCA